AACACUAGUUGAGUUUCUUCAUGGUACACUGCUAUCAGUUCCAAGAGCAGUCUAGAUAGAUAUGGGGAUUGGGGCUAACUUUGAGUAUCAGCUUUCACCGCAUCUGAACCAUAUCUGUGAGUCAUUUGAAAUUACAGCAUACGAUUUGUACAGACUGAGUGUUCUCUAACAAUUUUGUAGUGGGUUGCGAUACAUAGAAGAGAUUGAAAUUUCACGACUCUUCGAAGAUGUGGUUAUAAAGGGGAUGUCGGACCAUGUCAAUAGUUCGAUAGUGUACGCGGCUCUUUCUAUCGGAUGCUUGAUCUCGAUGAGGCGAUCCGGGACGUCACAAGAGACGGAGUCGCACAUGAGAUGCUUGUAUAGCAACGCAAUGGUGCACGUCGAAAAAUUGCACAUGUGCCCUUCAACAGCUCUGAGCUUCAAGGCGUUGAUUACACUUCUUGUUGCCUCGGCCUUGUGGAAACCAGCGGACGCGGAUUGGUUGCUUGGAGCUGCAGUUUCCUGCGCUCAAUCCCUUAGACUAAACAAUCUGGCAUGCUUGAAGACAGUUUGUCAAAGGAACGAAGAAGUCGAAUCAUUAAAGCACGCUUUCUGGCUGCUGUACACCAUCGAAAAGCCCUACCGGUUGCGAAACGGACAAGCUUCGGCUUUGAGUGAUGCCUACAUCGACCACGAGCCGAUAUCUUCCGGGAUCGAAGCUAGAAAGCCAUCGAUGCAAGCCUUUGGGGUUCAUUACCGUCUAGCUCAAUGUUGUGCCAGGAUAGCUGGCGAAUUCGACUGCCAGAAAGCUCUAUCACAGUCUACGAUAUUCACCUCAGAGAAUCUAGACAACUGGUUGGAACAGCUUCAACGGCUGAGAGUUGACGUUUUCACGGCACGGCAUCAAUCCGCACCAGCCAUGACGUUGGAUCCGAGAAUCGCCUCACCAAACAGUCCGUGUAUGCCGCCUUCAGAGGGGGAUAUAUCAGCAAGUCUACUCUACUUCGAGCUAGUAUUGUGUGUCUCUGGACGAUUUUCAGCUAGUUCAUUGGGUGACUCAAGCUCUGACAAGAUAGAACAAAAAGUUCUUGAGUCUGCCAUUGAUAUUUUGAAAUUACUCGUCGAGGUCGAUCCCACUAAGGCGGGUACAGAUCAGAAUUUGGUGCGCAUUGCUGUCAGUUCGUUCUGCCUCGUUGCGACUUUUAUCUCAAGGGCGAAUGAGCGAACCACGAUCUUCAGAUAUCUAGUUUCGACGCUCGGUUUCUUUGCUCGAAUGACUAUUACUGCCCCACUCAUGACUCUGGGGAAAUUCAGCUCCGUGGUAGACUCAGUGCAAAACGUACUCAAGAACGACAGUUGUUAAGCUAGGAACUAGAGUAGCUUCUGAUUUCCAAACUCAAUACCCUUCAAUAGAUAAAGAUUUAAGUUA